GAGACGAAGAUGGCGCUGGAUGGACUGAGUGGAGCAUGAUCGAUCACCGAAAAGCUCGAUUGGAUUUGUUUUGCCUAACCAAGUUAAACAUUCCGAAUCAUCGUCCGAGCUGCAUUUUGGACCCGGAGUGAAAAGCGGCAACAAAGAGCUCUCCACAGAGACUCCUCCAUCAUCCUCAAGCGUCCUUCGGUACGAUGGAGUUCCCGUGGCACAGUGGGAAGGUCCUGGAGCAGCUGAACCGCCAGCGUCGGCAGGGCCUGCUUUGUGACUGCACCUUUGUGGUGGACGGGGUGGACUUCAAGGCCCACAAAGCUGUGCUGGCAGCCUGCAGUGUUUACUUCCGUACGCUCUUCCUGGACCAGAAAGAUGUGGUGCAUCUGGACAUCAGCAAUGCAGCAGGUUUGGGUCAGGUCCUGGAGUUCAUGUACACAGCCAAGCUGAGUUUGAGUCCACAGAACGUAGAAGACGUCUUGGCUGUUGCUAACUUUCUAAAGAUGCAAGAAAUUGUGAAUGCGUGCUCUGCGUACCAGUCCAUGGCAACUACAGCUCCGGCCCUCAUAACUCUGGAUUUUGCCGUCGAAGAAAAGCAAGGUGAUGAGCAGCGAGAGGAACCAGAGAGUGACCUGGCAGAAGCAGCAUCUCAAGCAGAGGAGAGCAGUAGCCCCCCCACAGAAGAUAUAAAGCUCACACAAAAUGAGGAAAACUUAAAGGAAGACGCUUCCCCUGAAACACCACAGACAACUAUUACUGAGCCCGCCAAAACCACCCCCGACCCAGGAAGACCCCCAAAACCCCCCGCCCUGCCCUCUCCAAAGAAGGUUCCUGUGAAGAAGGAGGAGGAAGGAGCGGCACAACAGGCGUCAGAUGCUGACUACACACCCAAAUCACAGUUGAAAUCCGCUGGCAGCUCCUACAUGAGCUCUCGGGGGAGAAGAAUCAGAAAACCUCCUCGACGGAACUUCCCACCAGACAAUGACUCAGAGGAAGAAGGCCCAUCAAAGACAAAAACUGAGAAGAAAGAUUCCGAGCCAGCAGAAGAAGCUGGAGAACAGCAGGAAGAGGAGGAUAAGGAGGAUGAGAGUGGGGAGAUGGACGACGGAGAAGAUAAUGAUGAAGAGGAGUUUGGGGAGGAAGAUGAUGAUGAUGAUGAUAUUGAAGACGAAAUGGAAGAAGACGAUUCAGGAAGCGACAGAGAAGGCAGACAAACUCAUUCAUCGACGAUGAGCAGCCGGUCCGAGUCGAAGCCUUACAGCUCCGUGACUCACGAAUGUGAGGACUGUGGGAAGAAGUUCACGCACACGGGUAACUUCAAGAGACACAUGCGCAUUCACACGGGAGAGAAGCCGUUCAGCUGUCGGGACUGCAACAAGGCUUUCUCUGACCCCGCAGCCUGUAAAGCUCAUGAAAAAACACACAGCCCUCUGAAGCCGUACUGCUGCACGACGUGUGGGAAGAGCUACCGGCAGAUCAGCCUGCUCAACCUGCACCGGAAGCGUCACACGGGCGAGGCGCGCUACAGCUGCGACGUCUGCGGAAAACUCUUCACCACGUCGGGGAACCUGAAGCGGCACCAGCUGGUCCACAGCGGGGAGAAGCCGUACCACUGCGACUUUUGCGACAAGGCUUUCUCCGACCCCACCGCCAAGAUGAGGCACCUGGAGACGCACGACACGGAGAAGGGCAACCGCUGCCCCUACUGCGACAAGCGCUUCAACCAGCCUGGAAAUCUGAAGGCUCACUUAAAGAUCCAUAUCGCAGACGGGCCUCUCAAGUGCAAGGAAUGCGGUAAACAGUUUACUACAUCAGGCAAUCUGAAGAGACACCUGCGAGUCCACAGUGGGGAGAAACCGUACAUCUGUAUGCAUUGCCAGAGAGCGUUCAGUGACCCCGGAGCUCUGCAGCGGCACGAACGGAUCCACACAGGAGAGAAGCCCUGCGUCUGUCCCAUCUGUGGAAAGGCCUUCACACAGGCCAGCUCGCUCAUCGCUCACGUCCGCCAGCACACCGGAGAGAAACCCUACGUGUGCGAUCGCUGCGGCAAAAGGUUCGUGCAGUCCAGUCAGCUGGCCAAUCACAUUCGGCAUCACGACAAUGUCCGGCCCCACAAAUGUCAGAUGUGCUCAAAGGCAUUUGUUAAUGUGGGAGACCUGUCCAAGCACAUUAUCAUCCACACAGGAGAGAAACCGUUCCUGUGUGAUAAAUGCGGCCGAGGCUUCAACCGGGUGGACAACCUGCGCUCACACGUCAAGACCGUGCACCAAGGGAAGGCCGGCAUGAAGCGGCUGGUGUUAGCUGGGGGCAGCGCAGACGAGGGGCUCGAUGGGUGCGCGUCUACCUCUGACGGCGAGAUCAACAUAGUUACCGUCACUACGGAGGACAUCGUUACCCUGGCAGCCAGCGCUGUGGCUCAGCUGAGAGUUGUUCCUGUGGCUGCUUCAGUGUCUGCAGAUGAGACUGAGGCUUUAAAGGCUGAAAUCACAAAGGCAGUGGAGAAAGUGCAAGAAGCAGACCCCAACACCCAGAUCCUGUACGCUUGUGAUUCAUGCGGGGAUAAAUUCUUGGACGCUAGCUCCCUCGCCCAGCACGUUCGCAUCCACACAGCUCAGGCCCUCGUCAUGUUCCAGGCAGAUUCCGACUUCUACCAAUACACCACAGCCACGGAGCAAGUCAUCCAGGAAGGAGGAGAGCUGAUCUUCCGAACGACAGUUGGAGAGGGAGAGGGAGGGAUAGUGGGGGAGAGACAAGAACAGGAAGAAGAGACUGAAGGGCUGACUCAUGAGGAGAGGAGGGAGGAGGAAGAGGAGGAAACCCACACUGAGCUCCACACGGAAGGAAAGGAUGAAGCUGCAGCAGAAGUAGAGGAGAAGGAAAAAGAAGAGGAGAUGGAAUGUGAGAGUUAGGCAUAGGGGGGAAGAUUUGUGAAGAAAGAAAUAUUGAAAUAUUAAAUAUUGCUGGAAAUAAAUGUAAUUAUUUAACUGGAGAUGGAAAUAUAAGAAAUAACGUGUGAGGAUUGCAAAUGUUACAAGUGAAUCUAAACUGGAUUUAUAACAUAGAAUAUAUCCUUUUUUUGGGUCAAAAAUGUUGUUAUUUUGCAUCCUUAUUCCAGGAUUCUAUGUCUUGUAGUUUGUUUACUUUUUGACUGAAAUGUUGGACUUUGCUCUGUUCUUUGUAUUAGGAUAUCACAAUCCUGUUUAACCCAUUUUCCCUUAAAAAUGACCUUGUCGUUAUUUUUCCAUUUCUCUCGGAUGAGAUGUGUACAUUUUCCUUAAAUAGUCAAACUAUUUUAUUGUACUUAGUUGUAAGUAUUUUCUUGAAAUUCACCCUAUACAGAGAUUAUUUACAUAAUUACAGAGGUGGGACUAACAAGUUAUUUGGGGGUUCAUUGCCACCUCCUUUUCUAGGAAGUAGGAAGAGUGGAUUCAUGUCCUACCUGACAUUCUGCUUGUAUACUAUUUGUAUAUUUGUUUUGUCAUCUGAAAAAGUCUUAAUACCUCUGAUAAAAGAUAAAAGGAACAUUUGUGGAGAUGAUAAGCUGGUUAACAAUUUGCCAUUUUUGGUGAUAACAAGACAUCUUCUUUUGGUAUUGCAAUAAAAUGAUCACAUUUGUAUAAAGACUGACACCAAUGUUUUUAAGUUAUUAUUUGUUUUGUUUGUAUUAACACCUGCAAGAUUCGUAUUAGAUAUCCGUAACUUACAGUCACUGGUAGUCAACAUCCCAACAAUAAAAAAUCAUCACAGUCUCA